CCUGUCAUUCCAAAUUAAAUGUCAAGUCCGGAGCUUGAGGAUUUCCAGACUCCAAAUACUGAUAAUCAGGAAGGAGCUGCUACAGCAAGUGAAAAUCUCGUCAGAUGUGCAGCUGCAUUUACCAUCAGUGUCCGGGAAAGAUGUCACCUAUCCCAGAGGGGUGUCAACAGUAUUGUCUCUGGAGUCCAGCAGUAUCAAACUGCUCUUCUCAGUACCAUGAAGGACACCAUGAAGUCGCUCUUUCAAAGACAUUCAGACAAUAUGGAGCAGCUACAAGAGGCAGUAUUGGCAGAACUGGAAAAUUUUCAAGAUCCUUUCUCCAUGAUGGCUUCCACAUACAUUCAGGACAGCACAAUCCAGAGGCUUUUUAACCCAGUCAUACCAGAGGAGGUAGUUAUGUCUCAAAAGGUUUGCAGAGUUAACAAAGGACAGUCAAGAGUAAUUGCCAUCAAAAACAGAAGUUUUUACUAUAUACCCCUUAUUAGGAGCCUUGAACAGUUGUUGUCCAAUUCCAGGAUUUUUGCCAUGAUCAACACCGCACCUCAGAGUUGCCACAAAGAUGGGUUUUUGUAUGACAUUAUUGAUGGGAGCAUUUAUAAAUCCCAUCCACUGUUUUCAAAAGAACCUUCUGCUUUACAGAUAAUUUUGUAUGCUGAUGAAAUAGAGAUAUGCAAUCCUCUUGGGUCACAUGCUUCAGUAAAUAAAUUAUUCAUGUUUUAUUAUACUUUAGGAAACAUAGACCCCAAGUUUAGGUCAAAGCUUGCUGCAAUCAGACUCCUUGCUAUAGCAAAAGCUGAUGAUAUUGACAAAUGUGGUGUUGAUUUUGUAUUACAAAGGAUUAAUGAAGACUUAAAGUUGCUCUAUAAUGGUGUCAAAAUCCAAACACAGCGUGGUAGCAUGGAUUUAUUUGGUGCUGUAGUUUCGGUCUGUGGUGACACACUUGCCCAACAUGAGCUUGCUGGUUUCAAGGAAGGAGUUGGUUUUGCAUAUAGUAAGUGUAGGCAUUGUGAAUGUACCUUUGAUGAAAUGCAAAUUAAUUUUAAUGAACUAAGUUUUACUAAAAGGACAAUGAAAAAACAUAUUAAGCAGUGCUGUGAAAUAGAAAAGGCUUGCACAGACUUCUUGAAAUCAUCUCUCAAAACCACCUAUGGUAUAAACAGAAGAAGCAAGCUGAUUGAUUUCCCAGCCUUUGACCUCAGUCAACAAACACCACAGGAUAUAAUGCACAUCAUUCUUGAGGGUGUUGCACCCAUGGAAAUUAAGUGUGUGCUAAAACACCUUGUUCUCUCUGGACAGAUGGAGUUGGAUGUGUUCAAUUCUGCCAUGCAGAGUUUUCCUUUGUCACCAAUAGACAUACGUGACAAACCCUGCCCUAUCAGUGUCACUACCUUGGCAUCUAAUGACAAUAAACUGAAACAGUCCUCGGGGCAAAUGCUGAUACUGUUGAAGAUCAUGCCUUUUCUGCUCAACAGUAUAGAGAAAAAUGAAUAUGUUCAGUUUGUUUUGGACUUAAUUAAGAUUGUUCAGAUACUCUUUGCCCCUAUUUUAUCUGUACAAAGUGUGUUCAGACUGAAGAAUAUGAUUGAACAGCAUUUGAAACAGUUUAAGAAACUUUUUCCUGAGAAUAAUAUAAUACCUAAGCAACAUUACUUGUUGCAUCUCCCUGCUCAGAUUCUUCAUCUGGGGCCUGUGAUAAGUGCUUUCAACACCAUCCAGCCAAGACUUCUGAGGGACAAGCUGGAGCUGUCAGGAGGGGACCACCACAUGUCCCAUUGGAUACUGGACUACAUCACUGACCGGCCACAGUACGUAGGCGAGUCCUUUGCUCCUGAGACCGCCUAG